AUGGAGAUCAGGGGUUUCCAGCUGUUUGGAGAGCAAUCGAAGAGCAGCGCACGGCCACACAUAACAUCGAAUAGCAGUUGGCAGAGAUGGCUGAACAACUGCGAACCUUGUUACGGGAGUGAUGAUGAUUUAGAAUUUGGUGGUGCUCCAGUUCUUCCCGGCAAUGACAGAAAUGGUAGAAGUUGGCACAAUCAAGGUAAUUUCAAUCCCCGUAGGAAUAAUGAUGAAUUCAAACUUAAAGUAGAUAUUCCUACCUUUAGUGGAGAUCUUGGCAUAGAAGGACUUCUGGAUUGGAUCACAGAAGUCGACAGAUUCUUUGAUUACAUGGAGAUACUAGAGGAACAAAGGCGGUGUGCGCAGGGUUCACGUAGUGUUAAUGAGUGCACAUCAGAAUUUUUAAGAUUAGCAGAAAGAAACCAGUUGUCUGAAAGUGAUAACCAGCAGGCAGCCCGUUAUCUGAGCGGGUUAAGACCGUCCAUCAGGGACAAAAUUGGUGUACAAAUGGUUCUUAGUGUGCAGGAAGCAAGGAACCUAGCCCUGAAAGCAGAAUUAAUGUUCCAAGACAAGGCACGCAGUGAUAAUUACCGCCGGUACAGCAGGAGCAACAACAGACUGACAACUAUCGAUAGGAACAAAUCAGUCCCGGCAGUACAACCCUCUCACCCAGCAAGCACAAGUAACGUCAGUAAGGCUACUACAGGAGGAAAUACUCAAGGUAAUCCUUCCAACCCUUCUAAACCCAGUAACCCUUAUGCAAGGCCUACUCCUAUUAAAUGUUUUAAAUGUAAUGAGGUUGGACAUAGGUCCAGCGACUGUCCUAGGAGGAAGGCAGUUAAUAUGGUAGAAAGGGAGGAGGAAGAAGAUAUUGAGGAGGAGGUAUGUUGUGGACCUGAUGGGGAGGAUGAAGAGGGUCCAUAUGAACAUGAGAAGUAUACUUGUGUGGUAAGAAAAUUAAUGUUGUCCCAGAAAAAUAAAGAUACUUCUCAAAGGCACACAUUAUUUCGUACCAGAUGUACUGUCAAGGGAAAAUUAUUUAAUUUGAUUAUUGAUAGUGGCAGUCAAGAAAACAUUAUUUGUAGGGAUGUCAUCCAAAAAUUACAACUGAUUCCUGAAAAGCACCCCAACCCAUACACAAUUGGGUGGAUCAAGAAAGGAGGCGGCGUACGGGUGGAAGAACGCUACAAGGUACCUUCUUCAAUUGGUAAGUACCAUGACAAAGUAUACUGUGAUAUUGUUGAUAUGGAUGCUUACCAUAUUUUGUUAAGGAGGCCUUGGCAGUUUGAUACAGAUGCAAGGCACAUGGAUAGGAAGAAUACCUACCAAUUUGAAAAAGAUGGUACACGUUAUACUUUGUUACCUAUAGCAGAAAAAAAUAUUGCAAAUGCUCCAAAGGCACAUGAGAAGAAUUUCCUUACCAUCACCCAUCAUCAUGAUGAAUUUGUUAAAGAUUGUAAGAAUACUCAUGAAAUACAUUUGUUAGUAGUAAAAGGAGAAGAUGUUGAUGAUAAAAAUAAAAUUCCAGCAGAAGUACAGGGACUACUGAAUGAAUUCAAUGAUGUAGUUCCAGAGGAGUUACCAAAUGAACUCCCUCCCAUGAGAGAUAUACAGCACCAUAUUGAUUUUGUUUCAGGUGCCAGUCUACCUAACCUCCCACAUUACAGGAUGAGUCCUAAGGAAAAUGAAAUCUUACGGGAAAAGGUAGAAGAAUUAUUGAAAAAGGGACACAUUCAAAUCAGCAUAAGUCCUUGUGCAGUACCUGCCUUACUAACACCUAAGAAGGAUGGCAGUUGGAGAAUGUGUGUCGACAACAGGGUCAUUAACAAGAUUACUAUUGGGUACAAAUUUCACAUUCCUAGGCUGGACGACAUGCUGGACCAACUGAACGGAGUUGUAGUCUUCUCAAAAAUAGAUCUCAGGAGUGGGUAUCAUCAAAUCAGGAUCCAUCCCGGAGAUGAAUGGAAGACAGCCUUCAAGACUAGAGAUGGCUUGUUCGAGUGGUUAAUCAUGCCCUUUGGACUAACCAACGCACCCAGCACAUUCAUGAGGUGUAUGAACCAGGUAUUAUGCCCCUUCAUUGGUAAAUUUGUGGUAGUCUAUUUUGAUGAUAUUUUGAUAUAUAGCAAAUCUAUCACUGAUCAUGUGGGACAUAUUAGGGAGGUCCUGAAAACAUUGAGGGAAAAUAAACUAUAUGCUAAUUUGAAUAAAUGCAUCUUUAUGAGUGACAAUUUAUUAUUCCUAGGAUUUAUUGUAAGCAAGGAUGGUGUAAAAGUAGAUGAAGAAAAAGUGAAAGCUAUUAGGGAGUGGCCAACCCCAUCCACUGUCACAGAUGUCAGGCGUUUCCAUGGGUUGGCAACCUUCUAUAAGCGUUUUAUUAAGAAUUUUAGUAGUAUCAUGGCUCCCAUUACUGAAUGUUUGAAAAAUGGGGCUGUAUUGUCCCAAGAAAAGAGGCUCAUUGCUUUCUUCAGUGAAAAAUUAUGUGAAUCCAGAAGAAAGUGGUCCACCUAUGACAAGGAGUUUUAUGAUGUGGUUAGAGCCCUGAAGACAUGGGAACACUAUUUAAUUGCAAAAGAAUUUGUUCUCUACACUGACCACCAAGCCCUAAAAUAUCUUAAUGGGCAAAAGCAAUUAAGAAGUGAUUUGCAUGCUAGAUGGUCUCCCUUCCUAGACAAGUUCCCAUAUAAAAUUGUGUAUAAGACAAGACAGCAAAAUAAGGUGGCUGAUGCACUUAGCAGGCGUGUAGCCCUCAUCAAGACCCUCAGUGUUGAGAUUGUGGGUUUUGAGUGCCUAAAAGACUUAUAUGCCUAG